GAACCCUGCUUUGGGCUGAGAAAUGUGUUCCCUUACCGCCAAGAUUGGUUGUUGAUAGUUAUUCCGCCUCACUCUGUGUUUAUGUUGCAUAAAACUAAUCCCAGUCUCCCGAAAAGCAUGGUUACGUGCAGGACCAUCCCGUAGGAGAUCACCUCCCGCACUACAGGUAUAUGUAUAUAAUACCUGCCGUCUAAUAUGUUGAAUCUGGUCCAUGAGAGCAAAGAUUAUCGUUUUAGAUCUUGAUCAAUGCUCAUACGCACCUACGACCAGUUUCUUAGAGCCUCCUCUCGUCAGUUAGAGCACAGCAUGGCACCUUACUCCGUUACCUUCGACUAUAGAGGCCAGAUCAUAGACAAUUGCGAGUUCUUUGUGGCUAAGUACGACAUUGUCUCGGUUAUCACCGUCAAAGAUGCCGUAGGGGAAUUUAAGGCGUAUGCGAUUCGAGCCAAUGAGGACUCCCGCGAUGUACUCCUCGCUUCGGACUCCUGGCACACACCCUUGAAAGCUAUCGAAUCACUACACACUAAAUCGUGCGAAGCGGUCCACCAUUAUAUUACUAGCAAUGGAUUCUCCUAUCCUCCAGAUCUUAAAAAGGCCAAAAUUGACGAAGAUGAUGACGAGAAGGACGAAGAAGACGAUGAAGAUGUAGAAGAUGAAGAUGUGGCAUCCAUCGUUUCCGGACAUUCCGCGACUUCGACCGCUUGCUGGGGUAGCUCGGAUGACGAGGCGGGCAUAACGCCAGCUUCGUCCGCUGACCCCCACCUUGGCUGUCGUGAGACUACGGCAGGCAACGAAAAAGGUAACAAUAUCAGCAAGCGUCGUAGCAAGCCACCGCCGUCGCAUAUUGUUUCCUGCUCUUCUGCUGCUGGUGCCGUGAAUAGGCAGAGUUGGGGUCCCUCUUCCUCGAGAUUUCCACCCAUCGACCAAGACGAUGAUUCCGACGAUGAGAUCCCAACCCAUAUCCGAUCCCUUCCACAACAGCAGUUUCCUCGUGUUAAAUUUACAAUUCCUAUGGGAGGCCCACCGCCAUCCGGUUCUACCCCUUCGUACCGACCGCCCGCACCACCGGCGAGUUGGAAUGGCCCCCCAGGGCCGCCGCCGCCUGCUGCUGUCAUGUGUAGCCUGCCUAUACCCGCGGGCCAGUCGCAGCCGCAGCCGCAGGCCGGUCCCCCAGGCCCCACUCCGCACCCAAUGACCUUCGCGACAAAUCACAUAGCUCCAAGUUCUACACCGACCGCCACCAGCACCACAACUACCACCACGAAUCCAACACCCAACCCCCUCAUUUCCCUGCGUACAAGCCCCGGCAGCACGCGUCCCUACCCCCCGUUAAACUACAAAGCCAGCGCCCCCAAUCUAGGCUCCAAUCAACUGACGCCGCCACCGCCGCCACACUUACGUCUGUACGACGUGCGGCUGACGAUCCGCUGGCUGGGCCACGGCGAGCAGCGUAUUCUGGAGAGCUGUCGCGCGAGUAUCCGCGUCCUGCAGGAGAUGGCGGUUUCAUACGUGCGGACGCAUACCGCUGCCUUCGAACACCCCGGCGGCAAGGAACCGUUCCCGCACCGAGCGGGUUGGGGCCUGCGCGCUAUUGUUAGGAUGCCGGGGGCAUCCCGCGGUUUGAGGUUGAGGUUGAUAGUGUGGCACCGCAGGGACAGGGACAGGGACAGCGUUAGGUGUUGUGUGACUAGAAGAUGCGCCGAAAUGCCGUUUCUAUGGGUCACGAUGAGGUUUAUGGCUGAGACUACUGGUCUUACCUGACGCGCUAUACUAUAGGAGUUACGAGUGCGUAGACAUACCGCAACUACUCCUAGUUAAGGGGCUUGGUAGCCAUUUGAGGAUUACAGGGCCAUUGGAUCCUGGAAAGUUUGCGGGCUUGGUUUUCUUUCUCUCUUUCAUUCACAUUUACGACUGUAUGACAUUUUG